CAAAAUGCUACGUCUAUAUGAAGAAUCACAGGCCUAUAGAAUUCAUUCUGCAUUGGUUGGGGACUUCGUAGGAGUACUAAGGACGUAAUAAUUAGCCAAAUUACUGUUUUUAUAUACUCAUACAGAAUUACAGAUAGUUGAAAUUAGUAGGACCAUGGGAUUCACUGAGAUAUGGCUGCUACUGAUUACAUUGACACUAGUGAAGGCCUCCAUAAAUUCAGCAAACACAAAUCAGAAUUUUACUCUGCCUUCAAAUUGUCGCAACCAAACAUGUGGGGAUAUUGAAAUUGAGUAUCCUUUUGGCAUCGGCAAUGGUUGCUUUUAUGCUGCUGAAUUUAAUCUUACUUGUUCAUAUGAUUCCGAUCCUCCAAGACUCCUAUUGGGGGAUAGCAAUUUACAAGUAAAGGACUUUGAUAUGAAUGUGCCAUUGGUUUACAUUGAAUCACCAUAUGUCAUAUUGGAUGUAGAUAAGGAGUCGAUCAACACCACACUAAUCGAUCUCAAGAAUUUGCCAUUCUCUAUGAAUAGACAAUUUUAUUUUCAACAAGCAUCCCGGUCGACAACAAAUACAAACUUCUUGUACGUGCUUGGUUGCAAUGCUACUGCUAGCAUAGUUGAUCUUGUAACCAAUAGCAUCGUGGCUGCUUGCUCAUCAAUAUGCACUUCCAAUAAUACUUCAACAAUUGAUUAUGGAUUUACGUCUGGCAAUGGAUUCUGUAGUAUUGAUUUGUGGUACCUGAAAUCUAACCAGACUUCAUUGGCUAUUCAAUUAUCUCGCGCCAAUGAGAAUGAGAAUGAGAAUGAGAAUAGUGAUAUGACUACCAACAUCACAGCCAUCUUAUGCACUGAAUGUGAUCCCCUUGAUGAAACGGAACUCGAAAGAUUUAUAAAAAGGGAAAACAAAACAAGAGCAGAGAUCUCUCUCUAUUGGUACAUCAAUAAUGACCGUCGUCUUUCGUGUAAAGAGGCCAAGAAUUAUUCAGCCACUUAUGCCUGUCGCAGUCCGAAUAGUGACUGCUACGACAUCUUCGAUACUGACGGAUUUCAUGGAUAUAUUUGUCAAUGCCCUUUGGAUUAUUACGGAAAUCCAUACUUACCGGAUGGUUGCCAAUUAGAUACAAAUUUUACACAUAUUCCUGCAAAGGAUUGUCCAAACAAAUGUGGAAAUAUCACAGUCCCUUUUCCAUUUGGUUUAAAGGAGAAGUGUUAUCGAUCACAAGAGUUUGCCCUAUCAUGCAAGGAGUCAACUCAGCCUCCAACUCUCCUUUAUGAUAACAAUUUCAAAGUGAAUGCAAUUUCAUUAGAGGAUGUGCAAUUGGAGCUGCUACAAUAUGAUGAACGAUAUGGAUUAGUAUCCGAGAAAUAUUUCCCUUCAAAAGAAGAACAUCACAGCUCAUGUUUGGACGUGAAUAUCACAAAAGAUGAUUACGAGUAUUCAGCAUAUCGAUGCGAAUGCAUUGGAGGCUACGAGGGAAACCCUUACAUUGAUGAUGGAUGUCAAGAAAUCGGCCCAUGCAAUUCUUCUUCAAAUGUUUGCAAAGGAAUUUGCACAAACAUAAAAGGUGGUUUCAAUUGUACAUGUCCCUUGGGAACAUCAGGAGAUCCUCUAAAUGGACCGUGCAUCCCAAACAAAAAGAAAAUUCUUUUAUUAGGGGUCCUUGUUGGUGCAAGCAGUGGAAUAUUUCUUUUGUUCUUAUGCAUUACAUUGGUCAUCCUAAAUAGGAAGUGGAAUGAGAGAUAUCAAAAGAAAAUAAGACAAAGAAAUUUUCAUCAGAAUCAUGGCUUAUUGCUUCAACAACUAAUCUCCACGAACGAACAUGUUAAGGAGAAAACAAAUAUAUUUCCUUUGGAAGAAAUAGAAAAGGCAACAAACAAUUUUGAUGAAACUCGAGUACUUGGAAGGGGAGGACAUGGAAUCGUCUACAAAGGAAUUCUAUCUGAUCAAAGAGUUGUUGCCAUAAAAAAAUCAAAAACGGUUAAAAAGAGUGAGAUUGACCAAUUCAUAAAUGAGAUUGUUCUUCUUUCUCAGAUAAAUCAUAGAAAUGUAGUUAAGUUAUUUGGAUGUUGCUUGGAAACUGAAGUUCCUUUAUUAAUUUAUGAAUUUAUCACCAAUGGAGCCCUUUCAGAUCAUCUUCAUGUCAUACAAGGCGAAUCUAAAUUAUCAUGGGAUGAUCAUCUCAGGAUCGCCACAGAAUCUGCAGGAGCACUUGCCUAUCUACACUCAGCUGCUUCUAUAUCUAUUUUUCACAGGGAUGUCAAAUCAUCAAAUAUUCUUUUAGAUGAUACUUUAAGGGCAAAGGUAUCGGACUUUGGAGCAUCAAAAUUUAUUCCUCUUGAUCAAACACACAUAGUUACUGUCAUACAUGGCACCUUGGGUUACUUGGAUCCGGAGUAUUAUCAAACUUGUCAAUUGACGGAAAAGAGUGAUGUCUAUAGCUUUGGAGUUAUUCUUCUUGAGCUUUUAACGGGAAAGAAACCUAUCUACUUAACCGACAUUGGGUCACAACAAAAUCUAGCAAUUAAUUUCCUUCAAACAACAAGAGAGAAGAUGCCCUUUAAGCUCAUAGAUGAUUGUAUUUUGCAAGAAGGAACAGAGCAAGAACUUCUUGAAAUGAGUAGUUUGAUAGAAAUGUGUCUAAGUUUGAAAGGAGUGCAAAGGCCUACAAUGAAAGAAGUUGAGUAUAAAUUGCAAGGCAUAAGAAAGACAAGAACGAAGAAGAAAGGACCUGUAUUCCGGAAAGCAACGAGGAAACAGAAUGCUUAGUCACCCUUUCAUCUUCCUCUUCUUCAGAAUUGGCAAACUAAAUAAAUCAAGAAAAUUCCAGAAAUUAUAGCUCAGAGAAAGAAUUCAUGUAGUCACAAAAUUAUCCACGGUAAGCUUAUUUAUGCAUAUGCAAGUUCAUGUACAAUAUGCAUCUAUGUGUUAUAUAUCAUCUUAAACUUUAUUUACUUAAUUUUGUAGAUAUUGAUGUAUUUGUUAUUUC